AUGUCAGAUUCAAAAGCUGAGGCUAGUACUACACCAUGUCAAAAACCAAUACCUAAAAUUAAAGAUAUUUCAAUGAUGAAAGCCUGGAAAGAUUCUAAAGCAUAUAGAGAAUAUACAUUAUUUGUUCAAUCCCUUAAUCGAGCUGUACAUGGUUUGAAAAAUACUGAUUCUGUUCCUAUUUCACCUACUCUUGAAAAAUUAAUUAUUUUACUUGAUAAACUUGAUUCAUUCAUUGAUCAAUGUCCACCUAAAGGUCGAUCACGUUUUGGUGAUGCUGCUUAUCGUGAUUGGCAUGCCAAACUUAAACAGGAAAGUGAACAAUUAUUAAAAGAAGCUUUACCUGAACAAUAUCAUAAUUAUCUUGAAGAGCUUACUCCUUAUUUACAGGAUUCAUUUGGUAAUAGUACUCGUUUAGAUUAUGGCACAGGUCAUGAAUUAGCUUUUGUUUUAUUUCUUUUAUGUUUGUGCAAAAUCGAAGCACUUACUGAACAAGAUAGUCGAGCUAUGGUAUUGAAACUUUUUGCACGUUAUCUUGAUUUAUGUCGAAAAUUACAACGAACUUAUUAUUUAGAACCAGCUGGAUCAAAAGGUCAAUGGUGUUUAGAUGAUUAUCAAUUUUUACCAUUUCUUUGGGGUUCAUCACAAUUGACAGAUGAUGGUCCUCUUGAACCAAAACAAGCUAUUGAUGAACGAUUUUAUCGAGAUUUAUCGAAUGAUUAUUUAUAUUUAAGUGCAAUUAAAUUUAUAAAUGAAGUUAAAACAGGUCCAUUUUUUGAACAUUCAAGUACACUUCAUGAUAUAUCAAAUGUAGCUCAUUGGUCUAAAGUUAAUCAAGGAAUGAUUAAAAUGUAUUAUGGCGAAGUUUUGGAUAAAUUUCCUAUAGCUCAACAUAUUCUUUUUGGUAAUCUUAUAUCAUUUGAUCCUGUGCCAAAACCAACUGGAGAAGGUCUUUUUAAAAAGCCAGCAUCUGUUACUCACUAA